UACCCCGGACCCUGCCUCAGAACAACAAAUUAUUUCUCUAUUCUAGAAUCUGACAUGUGGGGCUCAGGGCGGGGCUCAGUGGAUGGUAGAGGGGUGCCUACCGUCCUCAGCACUGAAAAAAGGACCUCUCAGGACCACAGUCUUUGGCCAGAUCCCUUCAGGCCUCGGCCCGCCAUGACCCCUCCGGGCCACCUCUUGUUCCUGCUUCUGCUCCCAGUGGCUGCAGAUCAGACGCCAGCAGGUUCCUGCUCAGGAUGUGGGCCUCUGUCCCUGCCGCUCCUGGCAGGCCUGGUGGCUGCAGAUGCGGUCUUGUCACUCAUAAUCGUGGGGGUGGUGUUUGUAUGCAUGCGCCCACACAGCGGGCCUGCCCAAGAAGAUAGUCGAGUCUACAUCAACAUGCCUGGCCGAAGCUGACCUCUGCAACUUCUGGCUCUCCCGUCCUGGAUCACGAGGGGGUGCCUGGGAACACACUCCUACCGGACUGGAAUAAAGCAAUUCAAAUGCC